AUGCGGCGCAUCGGUGAGCUUUACCACUUCUGGCUGCACGAGGCCCCGCUGCUGACCAAGAUGGUGACGGCCGCAACGCUCUUCGGCGCGGGGGAUCGCAUCGCGCAGCGGAUCGAGGCCAACUCGUCUCCAAGCAGCAGCAUCUUCGUUGCGGUAUCGGGUGACAGUGAUCUACAACGCUCAGAAGACGACGCCAAGUGGGUGAGUACCAGCACGGCCCGGACGCUGCGGUUAAUGGUCUGGGGAGGGCUCUUCGCCGCGCCGAUCAUGCACACGUGGUUCCACCUGAUCGAGCACGCGAUCCCCGGCGCUGGCAAGCUCGUGGUGGCCAAGAAGGUGGCGGCCGACAUGAUGAUCAUCGCCCCUGGGACGUCGCUGGCCUUCUUCACCGUCACCAAGUGCGUGGAAGGCGAGCCGAUACACGAGUCCUUCCAAAUAGCCAAGGCCAAGCUGCCCCCGACGCUGCUUGCGGACUACAUGCUGUGGCCGGCGGCGAAUGCUGUCAUCUUCGGUUUGGUGCUGCUGCACUACCGCACUCCGCUCACGCACUGCGUCAGCCUGGUGUGGUCGACAUUCCUGUCUGGGAUGGCCAGCCACGAACCUCCGAAGCUCACGACGCCAUGGAGCACCGGCGCUCCAAAGCCUUCAGUGCCGUCGAGCGCACCACGCAAACCUUAG